GAUGGGCUGUGUUAGCUUCUUCGCCAGUCUACACCAAAGCCCUUCACCAAACGGAUAGACUUCUAAAGAUGGAGUCUUCAGAACACUUUGGCAAAGCUGAUGGCUGAAGCCCCCACGAGCGACGAUCGUUCAGCCCUGCAGAGCUUGACCUCAGGGCUUCGGCGAGAGGUGCGUGGCGGCUCACUGCAAGCACAUGUUUGUGCCAUCACCAGCGUUGCGGAUGUGGCGCAGGUGACUGAGGCCUGCCAAGCUGGGACCUGGCCAAGCUUCGAGCAAGCCGCCAGUUGUUCCUAUGCCUAUCGCCUUUUGGAGGAACCUGCUCCGGGCGAAGCGUCAGGCCUGCGCGAGGGACUGGAGGACGGUCUGGAUGAAGGCUGCGGAGAGAAGAUCCUGGGGGUCUUAAGACGUUCCUCGGUGCAGGGCCUCCUGCUUCUCGUGACGCGCUGGCAGGACCAUGGUCGCACCUUGGGGCUGGAACUCUAUGGUUUGGAGCUCUAUGGCCUUGUGGUGGAACGCUGCAAGGAUCUCCUGACAAACCUGAAGCUGGCCGUUAGCUCAGAGGUGCCAAGACCGUUGAGAUCCCGACAGGAGAGGCGGUCCCAGACCUUUGACUUCAGCUUCUUGCCUUCACUCCCUGAGCCGCGUGUUGCUACGAAGUACGGGCCGAACCACUUUCUCUACGACACGCCCAUGAACAAGCCACGCUCGCUGCGUUCAUUGCUCAGCGGAGGCGAUGUACAGAUGUGGAUGGCCAAUGAUGAAGCACUGCGCCAUUUGGAGGAGCGUGAGUUGUGCGCCCUGCGCAGCCUGCGGCAACCGGAUGCUCGUAUCGAGAAGGUCUUGCAUGCCGUGGCGCUCAUUCGUGGAGAGUGUCCUGCGAACCUCAGUGCUGAUCCGGCAGCACGAUGGGGGAGCUUGCUGCAGGUCUUGCGCUCCCCUACCCUGCGAACAGAGUUGAUGCUCUUUGAUGCUAGGAGCAUCCCCUUGGAGACGGCUCGCAGUGCCAGUGCUCUGCUUCAAGGAAUGCAGGCGAACGAUGUCCGCCGCGCCGCCCCCGGCGCCGGCGCGCUCUUUGAGUGGGCGUUGGGUGUGGUGCGCUUGCGGGAGCAGCGUGGCUUCGAACCGGCCGAUCAUCAGAUCGUUCCACUGAAGCCGAAGGAGGCAGAUCUGAGCCCCUUGCCCAAGCUGGCCAGCAGUUCGUCUCGCUUCCGCUUGAGCAUGAAGAACGGGCCGAGGCGCUGUCGCAUCGCUGGCUUUGACCGAAGUCGUUCGGCCGCCUUGAUGGGGAUGACCCUACUCUGAGGGUCACAGCUGUUUCACGGAAGUUUCACCGCACAAAGUGGCUGUGGGUUAGACUAGACCUCACAAGCAGACCUCCUGU